GUUUGAAUAGGCCUUGAUGUUCUUGCUGGUUCUAAGAUCGAAACAUCAACAUGUGAAAUAUACUGGGCGACUCUCUCUGUAACUGCGGGAUACAAUAUCGGCGGACAGGACCGACCGGACUGGCGGACGUCACCUCUGUUUCUAUAUUCGAACAUCUUUCAACUGCGGCUGUCUGACAUAGUGAGUACGUAAAAUUGGAUCCAUUUUCACUUGCAAAAAAAACCGUUGAUAGGACGAUCUAUCAAUCUCCAUGGGCAACGAUCGACUUCGUGGAAGAGGCUGGAUUCUCAUGUACUUGUGGAAGAGGACCCCGUUCGAGCGUCUGGUGCUUUCCUGUGGCCAUCGAGGCAUCACAUAAAAGGGUCGAUGUGCUUCCACCAAACAGCUUCAGCAACGUCACGAAUUGGCACCCAUGUCUGGUAUUGUCUAUGGACCGCCUCGUCGAACAGCGGUUUGUAGACACCCGGACUGUGAAGUUCUUAUCAAUCCCGCAGUCAAGAUAUCUGCAAGUCCAAGAAACCCAGGAAAGCGAUAUCACUCGUGCUAUAAUCGGCACUUCUACUGCUUCAGAAUGGAUCUAAGCCCAUCUCAUGGAAGAUCAAGCCCACGCACAAGAAGCGGCUACCAGCCCCGGCAGACAAUAGCGAGACCACCUAGACAACAUCUCCCAUGUACGAAUGGAUGUGGAAGACCGGCCAAUCGAUCGGGUUGUCCAUGCAUUCGAUGCAUUCACUGCUGUCCUGGUCCGUGCUCUCGACCAGGGCAUCCGAGCCAGAACCCGACCGCGCAAGCCGUUGAUAUUGGGAGGAACAGGUCUUACGGAAACUCGGUAUCUAUGAGCAUGGUGCCAGUCCUCCCCUGCCGCCGUCCUCUCCACCUUCAUCUCCACCACCAUCAAGAUCUUCCUUGAUUGAGCUAACCCACGUCUCGGAGACCGUUAGCCGAGCUACAUCUCCCCCUUCCCCUAUUCCUAUGUGGAGUACGGAUGCUCCGAAUGAUGCACCCCCAGGCCAUACUGGUCGUGGCAGAGACAUGCAUAUCGAAGAGGAUCAUCGUGAGGGAGUUGCAGUGAUCUAUAUUUGGACCUGGGUUAGUGAUGACAUACUCCCCUGGAAGAUUCACUGGGACUUAACGCAAUCACACGUGUUUUCACUCGACCUGCUUGCACGACGAAAUAGAAUGCUGCUCUCCCAUUAUGAGCAUGGCAACGUGCGAUUUUGGAAAUACGUCAGUCACGAAAGGAGCUGGGAGCUCACAACGCCACAGGCGGAGCACCGGCUGUGGUCCGGGUGUUUGCUUCUUUUUAGCUGGACACUCGUUGGAAGCAGCCGGACGCGGGAUUGGGCUGACUUUUUCUCCGCAUUGCUCACAGUACAUGAUGUUAGCAGCGGUGCUGGGCGUCUGCAAAAUUCGGAACAACGUAGAGGGCGAGAAAACGUGUCCAUCCUCAGGCCUGUGCAACCGACGGGUCCUCUGAUGAUGGCAGUGGCCUCCGUAGUCGUUCAGCUUGUGCACGCCACUUCACAGCAGGAAGAGGCCAAUCGCGAGGACGAUGUCAUUGACUUGACAAGCGACUAGAUCGCAGCUUCAUCUUACAAUGGGCAUUCAACUGCUGCCUUCUUCCAUUGCUUAGAUAGAUCUACUACCCGCCUUCUUAUAUUCAUUAGAUACAUGUACCUCCCGUCUUCUUCUAUUACCUAGAUAUA